AUGCUGACAACAACCAAAGUGGCUGGUAGAUCUUCUGUUACUCGGGGAGAGGCCUCUCCUGCGCCUUCGCUCCUGGAUUCGGCUUCUAGAAACUCCCGACGAAGCUCUUCCCGCGCUUCAAGGAAAGCAACGCGAGAACUUGAACUCACCACCUCACAUCCGUCUCGUUUGGCAGUGUCUCUACCUCCAACUCCGAUCACUUCCUCUUUUGAAGAGGCGUUGUCAUCAACACAGCGCGCGAAGAGACACCGUUCUGUCAAUUACUACGAGAAGACGCCCCAGUGCAAAGGAGCCGAGACUCCGGGGCAGAAGAACGCAUCUUUCUCCGGCCAGCCGUCUGCCAGUACCUCGAGGAAGAGUAGUCGUAGUCGCAAGUCUGAGAAAGCUGACAAAGACGCUGUCAAGGCGCCUGAUUCCACGGGUGACCAAGCUGUCACUCCUACCUCUACUUCUAACCCCAAGCGCAAAUCUCAAGCGGAACAAUCUACCCUGCACACGUAUCUGCAGAAAAAGCCUGGAGACAGGCGAAAGACCUUGACUACACCAGCUGAGGCAUCCGAUAAGAACAACCCUAAAUCUGACACCAAACACGACUCCAAAUCUCCAGCCAUGGGUGCCGCAGUGUCCAGCGGCCGCAUGACUAGGAAGUCUAUCCCAGCUAAGAUGAACGGCCCUGAGAGCACUGAAAAAGCUACUCCCAAAUCUAAACUGGUCACUCGCCUCUCCACUCCAGUCUCUCGCAAAGACCGCAAGUCGAAGAGUGUUGAAGCUGAGCAAGUGCCCAAGUCAACCCCUCGUGUCAAGCCAGAACCGACUCCCCUUGUGAAUUCAACGUCCAAAGCAGCCAAAUCCCAAGCCAACGGAACUGCAGACCCAGUUACUCCAGCUGAGCAGACUCCUGUCUCCACCCCGAGCACCACAGCAACCAGAUCCCGUCGCAGAGACCGCAAGUCUGCCAGGAAAGCCAAGGCAGGUCGCUCGCAAUUAGCGAAUGAAUCGUCUCAAGCAGAUACUUCGACCAAUACCGAUGCUGAAGACCGCAAGCCAGUUCUCAAAGACUCCGGCAAAUCAGCGUCUCAGGACUCGGAUAAGGACAGCUCGGAGCCUCAGCAAGCAAACAAGAGACCGAGCAAUACAGUCACCCUGAGCUUGGGCCGCAAGUCUCUCGAGUCUUUUGUUCAGAAAACGCUCGAGUCCGCCUCCUAUGGCAAUGAAAUCGCUGACAGCGUUGAAGGAACGCCCGUUCGUGUGUACGAUGACUCUUAUCACUUUGAUUAUGAUACGGAUAUGUAUCGCAACAAUUUUGGUCUGGAUGGUCAAAUGGACACACCGGCCUCACCUACAAGCUUCUCCACAACCACCUCCGCUGGCGCUCGCAUGUCCGGCCGGGCCCGCAAGCCCACUAUCAGGGCAUUAGAGUCCCUCGAAUCAGAACGACGAUUCCGCCGGCCUCGGGCCCAAACGCCUGGAAAGGCGGACUCGUCCACGGCUGGGAAACAGAGCGACAAGGCACCCAGCGAACAGAAAAAUGCUGAGGAGCCGAAGACAGCGCCAGCAGAAACUACGCAGGCGCCAUCUACCACCCCGCAGCCAGAUGUGGACGCCUUUGCCCGCCGGAUAUUUGAGUUGGCCGCUGCAGCCGUGUCAGACGACUUUGUGCCGGCGCCUGAAGCUGACACCUGGCUCGAAGAACUGCGAAAGGAGUACCAGGGCAAAGGGGAUGCGGAGAUUGCCGCAGUUGCGGCGGUGGUUGAGGGAGAGAGUAGGCAACCCUCGGAUGACGAACCUACUACAGAAAAGUGGACUGACGAGGACGGUUGGAUGCACACAGGUCAAAUCAACGAGUUCGGAGAGGAGUACGUCGUUGUUGGCCCUGAUUUUGAGUGGUACAGGCCCAACAACACGUACGGGGACACGCAGCUUCCCGAGCCCCCUGUGCGCCUAAGGUCCCUGGAACAGUCCGAGAAGGACCGAAUUUUUGGCUUUCCACCACGUAUUGGAGAGCGUAACCUGCCUCGUGCCACCAAUUUCCCGUUCAUGAUGGAGGACGUUUAUCACGAACGGGCUAAGAUCAAGGCCCGCGAGGAAGCCCGGCAGAAGGGCAUCGCCGUUGACAGGUCGAUGUCAGUCUCUCAGAUUGAGGCACUGAUCGGCCGGCACAGCAAGAGCGCUAGCUCGCAAUCGUCUGAGACUCCCGCUCCGGCCCCAGCUGCCGCGAAGAGCUCGAAACAGGACAGGCCGUCCCGGAAGCGACGGCGAACGGAGCCCGUUAUCCCAAGCGAGGCUCCUUCGACCAACGAAUCCACCACAGAGAGUACGCAUAAGCCUAAGAGAAGACGCAAGAACACGGUAGGAGCAUCGGCGGCGGCCCCGACUGAACCAGAGCCUUCAUCCGAAAAGCCGAAGACGCUCAAACUCAAACUGAUCUUCUCGAAACGUGAAUUGCCGGCAACUCCUUCUGCUUCCAACACGACUAACACAUCUACCAAACCGAAUAAGCGCCCCCAUUCCGCAAUCGAGGCAGACGGUGACAACGCCGCUAGCAACGGACCUUCCAAGAGCCCUAAAACCACUCCGUCCAAUCCCACGACUACCCCCAGACGCCUCCUCAAGCUCUCCACCCCGAAACAGGGACAGAAGGAAACGAGCAACGCCGCUCCCACCUCCACCCCCGACGUUCCCCCUUCGGCUGAUCAGAACUCGCUCACACGCCCGGCGGACGUCCUCGUCGUCGCGCCGCAGCAGCAUUAA